GCGCCAUAAUGAAUUUCUUGUUUUUCCUUAAAAUCUUUCCACAAAUUGGAUGUCUUUCAAAAUCAUAUCCCGAAAAAGAUAGAAUACGAUAAACAGAGUUUUGACAACUUUUCAGUAAAAAUUUCGAUUUAAAAGAUAGGAAACCAAAACAUUUUCAUUGGUUAUCAAUGUUGAAGUCCACAAACUCUCCAUUUCCAUCCAAAACUAAAUUUUCUGUAUGGUUCUUUCGUUCGUUAACUUCUUUCCUUUCACCUAAACAAAACGAAGCCCAUCUUUCCCUUUCACAUCAGCAUAAACAAAACUAUAAAAAAUACUACCUUUUCUCAUUUUUAAACGAAAACCCAACAAAUCAAAGAGUCUCAAAGCAAGUUCACUCUCACUUAAUCACAACUGCCUCGUUUUCCCACUCUGUUAGGCUCUUCAAUGCUGUACUUAGAUGCUAUGCUGUAAGUGAAAAUCCCAAAGAUACCAUCUUUCUUUACCAACAAAUCCAAAGUUUCUACCUUUACUUCAAAUUUGAUAGCUUUUCUUAUGCUUUCCUUAUUAAAGCUUGUGCUAGUUUGAAAGACUUAGCUUUAGGCAAACAGUUCCAUGGGGUUGAAAUAAAAAUGGGUUUUGAGUCUCAUCUCUAUGUGCAAACAGUGUUGGUUAACAUGUAUGUCGAAAGUGGGGGUUUGGUUGAGUGUAAAAAGGUGUUUGAUGAAAUGCCUGAGAAGAAUAGUGUUACGUGGAAUGUGAUGAUAACUGGCUUGGCUAAGCAAGGAGAUGUUGAGUUCGGGCGUUUUUUGUUUGAAAAGAUGCCUGAUAGGAAUAUUGUUUCUUGGAGCGGGAUGAUUGAUGGAUAUACUAGGAUGAACCAGCAUAGGGAGGCUUUAGGUUUGUUCCGAAGAAUGGUUGCGGAUGAUGGGGUUGAUCCUAGUGAAAUAACCUUCUUAGCUAUUUUGCCAGCUGUUUGGAACAUUGGAGAUGUCAAGAUUUGUCGAUUGAUUCAUGUUUAUGGAGAGAAGAGAGGGUUUCUUGUGUCUGACAUUCGAGUCAUGAAUUCGCUUAUCGAUACCUAUGCGAAAUGCGGUUGCAUGGGAAGUGCAUUGAGGUUCUUCGACGAGAUUUCAACUGACACUAAGAAUUUGGUGUCAUGGACGUCGUUGAUUUCUGGUUUUGCAAUGCAUGGAAUGGGGAAAGAAGCUGUAGAGAGUUUUGAAAAGAUGGAGCAAGAAGGUUGGAAGCCAAACAGGGUCACUUUUGUGAGUGUUCUGAAUGCUUGUAGCCAUGGAUGUCUGGUUGAGGAAGGGCUCAAGUUUUUCAAAAAGAUGGUUAAUGAGUAUCAAAUCUUGCCUGACAUUAAGCACUAUGGGUGUUUGGUUGACAUGUUGGGGAGGACAGGGAGGUUGGAAGAAGCCGAAAAGAUUGCUCUAGAGAUCCCUAGUGAGAUAUCAAAUGAAGUGGUUUGGAGAAUACUGCUAGGUGCCUGUAGCUUUUACGGUGAUGUUGAGAUGGGGGAAAGGGCGACGGACAAGAUAAUGGAGCUGGAGAGGGGAUACGGAGGUGACUAUGUUCUUAUGUCCAACAUCCUUGUUGGUGCCGGAAGGUUUGCAGAUGCUCAGAGGUUGAGAAGAUUGAUGGAUGAGAGGAAUGCCAUCAAAGUUGCUGGCUCUAGUUUGACCUGAUACCUUGGUGCCUUCUAAUGUGCAACCAUCUAAUGUGCAACCAUAGUUAUUGCUUAUGGUUCGUAAUCGUUCGGUCAUCGAUAGGAUCAUAAUUUUUUGCUGCAAUUUCAGUUUCAACAUAGAGUCACAAAAUGCUAUAUGAAUUUGGAAGAGGUUGCUGCUAAUUUAGAGUUGGCCCAGCAUGAAGUACCGCUCGAAAAAUCGGAGGGUUUGGGUAAAAAUUUAGGCUCGAAAAAUGAAUUUAGACAAAAAUAUGACUCGUUUAGAAAAUGUGUCUAACCUUAGUUAAUGUUUUUCUAUCCGGCCCGGCUUGAAUUUGUAAAUUUUUUUAAACUAUUGUUUUGCUACUGUUUUCUCACUUUUUGUUAAUUUUAUUAUUAUUUUAGAGGCAUUUACUUGUUAGGUUGUAUUGAUUUUAAAACUAUUUAAGUAUAAAGACUUUUUUUUAAAUA